UAGACAGUCUCUGUAGUUUCCGAGUUAUUUUGGCUGUCAGACAUGUUCCUCUGUGACGUAACUCUAUAUAAAGCUGCGCGUGCGAGCAGCACGGGUUAAACAGGACUCUCUGUGUGUGUGUGCGUGUGUUAGUUACCUGGUGUGUCACGAUGUGUGAGGCCGUCCUGGUGGAUCUGAUCCACGGCUGCAGUGCUGGAUGCACCGGCGCGUCUCUCCUGGAGGAUCCCGCCGCAGCGGAGCCGCAGGUCUUCCUACUGUGCGGGAAACGGUACCGGGAGAGGGACGGCUUCUCUGACGCCUUUGUGAGCUCGUGCAAGAGCGUGCACGUGUUGGACUCGGACUCCACGGCGGAGUGCUUAUACCGGUUCAAACAGACUGUGGAUCAGCUGGAUCUGAGCUCUAUCAGAGUCCUCACGACCCCGCGGGGCCGAGCCGUGCUGCAGGGCUACCAGGAGCUGCUCUUCACCGCCGUGUACACCUUCAUCUAUCAGGUGGACCAUGUUACCUGUCCGAGCUGCGCAGGCUCCGCCCACACAGACUCACCUGGAGAAGGAGUCCAUGAAGAAGAAGUCUCCAAGUUUCUGCAGCAGCUUCCUGCACAGAGGGGACAAGUCACAGUCCUCAAGUCAACUCUGAUCCCAGAUUUCUUAAUGGAGAUUGGUGUGACUGUCUGUCUCUCAGACUGUUUCGGUCAUGGCUUCAGCACCCGUAGAGGCGGCGUGUCCUACAUCCCGACUCUGUCCUCCCUGAACCUGUUCAGCAGCAGCAGGAGGAGGGACCCCGGGGCCGUGGUGCAGGAGAACAAACGGAGACUGGCCCUCCACGCUGGUUUCAACCCUCAGCUGCUGCGUCAGGUCAAGGUGAACCAUGCCAGUGAUGUCUUUGUUUUGGGGAAAGCUGAGCCAGAGAGCUACGACGCCAUGGUAACCAAUCAGACAGGGGUGGUUAUCACAGCUCCGGGAGCCGACUGCAUGCCGAUCCUGUUCGCCGAUCCGGUGUCAAAGGUCAUCGGAGCCGCUCACGCAGGCUGGAGAGGAACCCUGAUGGGUGUUGCUAUGGCAACAGUGGAGGCCAUGGUGAAGGAGUUUGGUAGCCGGGUGGGCGACAUCCUGGUUGCCGUGGGACCGUCGGUGGGGGUGUGUUGUUACACUAUGGAGAGACAGCAGGCGCUCGUCUUCCACCGCAUCCACCCGGACUGUGUCCCUGAUCCAGAGUCAGCCAGACCGCACGUCAACAUCCGCCUCGCCAACAGACUUCUCCUCGAGCGCGGCGGCAUCCUGCCUGAACACAUCCAUGAUGACACGGUGACGGAGCGGCCCUGUGUGACGCCGUGCACCUCCUGUCACCCCGAGGACUUCUUCUCUCACGUCAGAGACGGACUGAACUUCGGCACCCAGGUGGGCUUCCUGUGGAUCAAAGAGACGGAGGACGAGACCCCGCCCACAGCAGGACAGACAGGCUGACAGAUGAUUGUGCUGUUUGGACUUGAAUAAUCAGCAGGUAGAAAACACCUGGAGUCAACAGGUGGAGCCACAUCACUAAUAACUCUACGGUACAGAAUAUAAACAUAUAAUAUAUAUAUAUAUAUAUAUGUGACUUUAUAUACAGGGGAUGUAACUAAGAACAUUUACUCAGUUUGAGAAACUUUACUUGAUUAUUUUCAGUUCACUUUCUACAGUUUACUCCACUACAUUUAUCUGACAGCUCUAAUUACUUUACACAUGAAAACAUACAAGUUUAUAAAAUCUGUAUAAUUAUAUAAUUAGUCAGACAGUAAAUAUGAAUCUAUUUUGAUGGUUGAAGUGAUUCUUCCUGCAGUGUGUGAACACGUCCUGCUCUGGGUCAAUCACACACAUUCAGUCUGAUUAUAAAUAUUAAAGUGAAAUAUUUAAUAAAGCUGUAAUGCUGAAUAAUA